AUGUUGGAGAUUCACUGCAGCGGCACGCCGCGAGAAAUCGGCUUCCAACACGGCAAACACGCCAAAGAAUCCAUCCACGGCAGCAUCACCUUCUACACCUGGAAAUUCCAAGACUCCGCCAAACUCACCUGGCCGCAAGUCCAAAACCUCGCCUUCGACUUCGAGCCCAUCAUGCGGCGCAAAUGGCCCGACUACCUCGAAGAAAUGACCGGCAUAGCCGCCGGCGCCGAGCUCGACGUCGCGGACAUCAUCGCCUUGAACGUCCGGACGGAGAUCGCGUUCGGCCUGUUCAGCGAUGGAUGCACGGCGCUCUCGUGGCGGACGGGGAGUGGGAGUUGGCUGGCGCAGAACUGGGAUUGGGAUGAGCGGCAGAAGGCGAAUCUGGUGAAUUUGACGAUUGAGCAGGCGGGGAAGCCGACGAUUAGGAUGAUCACGGAGGCGGGGUUGAUUGGGAAGAUUGGACUCAAUUCCGCUGGGGUGGGGGCUUGUUUGAAUGCGAUCAAGGCGAAGGGGAUGGAUCCGACGAGGUUGCCUUGUCAUUUGGGGUUGAGGAUGGUGUUGGAGAGUCGGUCGAGGGAGGAGGCGGUGCAAAGGCUCGAGAAGUAUGGGAUUGCGUCGGCUUGUCAUAUGCUGAUUGCGGAUCCGACGGGGGGUGUUGGGCUUGAGUGGAGUUCGGUCGAGAUGAGGAAGGUGGUGAUGAAUGCUGAGCAGCAGGUCUUUCAUUCGAAUCAUUACUUGCUGGAGCAUGCUGGUGUCGAGGAUAAGAACUGGCUGGCGGAUUCGAAGUUUCGUGUGGGGAGGAUCGAGGAGCUGGCCAAGAAGGUUCCCGGUGAGCCAACGUACGAUAAGUUGUUUGAGGUGUUCAAGGAUACAGCAAACAGUCCGGGAAGUAUCUGUCGUACGCAGGAUAACAAGAAGUCCUCGAGUGCGACGCUGUUCAACAUCAUUAUGGAUCUGGAGAAGAGGAGGGCGAAUGUUGCCCUUGGGAAGCCGGACUCGCCAGAUGAACAGUUUGUACUGUCUUUUGAGAGGACGAAUGGGCAUCUCUAA